GAUUUCUGGUUUCUAAGUCGCAAAUUUCCGCCAUAGAUACUGUCCACCAAGCUUGACGCUUGCUUCCUUCGCUUCAGAGUCUUACCUGUCUCUCCUUGAUCGAAUUUUACAGUGUUUGUGUGAUCGAAUUUCGAGAUGAACGGCGAGGAGUUGACUGAGCAGGAAACCGCUUUGUAUGAUCGCCAAAUUAGGGUUUGGGGCGUUGAUGCGCAAAGAAGGCUCAGCAAAUCUCAUAUAUUUGUCAGUGGACUCAAAGGGACCGCCGUAGAGUUCUGCAAGAACAUUGUUCUGGCUGGUGUAGGAAGUUUGACAUUGAAUGAUGAUAAUCCAGUCACAGCAGAAGCACUAGCUGCUAACUUUUUAAUUCCCUUUGAUGAAAACAUGGGUGGUGGAGGUUCUCUUGCAGAGCUUUGCUGUGACUCACUGAAAGAUUUCAAUCCUAUGGUUCAUGUUUCUGUAGAAAAAGGUGAUUUGUCAAGCUUUGAUGUAGAUUUCUUUGAAAAGUUUGAUGUUGUGGUUAUCAAUUGCUGCUCACUUGCAUCCAAAAAAUCAGUGAAUGAAAAAUGCAGGAAGUUGUCAAAACGAGUUGCGUUUUACAGUGUGGAUUGUAGAGAUUCUUGUGGUGAAAUAUUUGUUGAUUUGCAGAAGUAUUGUUAUGCCAAGAAAAAGAUUGACGAGACAGUUGAAUGCCAGUUGCAGUAUCCAUCAUUUGAGGAAGCCAUUGCAAUACCAUGGAGAUCUCUUCCUAAGCGUAUGUCAAAGCUUUACUUCGCUAUGAGAGUGGUAGAAAGGUUUGAAGAUGUGGAAAAGCGCAAACCUGGAGAAACUUCAAUUGCUGACAUGGCAAACGUGUUAAAACUCAGAAAUGAACUUUGCCUUGCACAUUCGCUAAAUGAAUCCCAGAUUCCAGAUUCUCUUCUAGAAAGAUUGGUCGUGUCAACUAAAGAAUUCCCUCCUGUUUCUGCUGUACUUGGGGGAAUCCUUGGUCAGGAAGUAAUCAAAGCAAUAUCAGGAAAAGGCGACCCUUUAAAGAAUUUCUUCUUUUUUGACGCUGUUGACGGAAAAGGCGUCAUAGAAGAUAUUUCUACUUCUACCCCUUGAACUUUUACUUUCUUGUCAGGUA